AUGAAAGAAGCCCACAGGCCGCCAUCCGCUCAUCCACUCCCAUUGGGCACAAGAACCAAACUAAACCACCUGGAGCUCGGAGCCGUGGAGGGGAGGGGUGACGUGACGUCACGGCUGUCUAGCGGGUUGUCAGCUGCCUCUCCCCACCACCGUCCUCACCAAACUCUUGACAUUAAAAUGUCCCGAGAAACAGGUCAAUCCUCGGCAGUCUUCCUCUUCGCUGCUGCUGCCUCAGGUGUACCUCCCAUCUAUCAUUUUCCGGUCGACCUCUCAUCUUCCUUUCUGGUACAUGUUAUCGAUCGUCUAUCAUUCCCAUCAUAUACCCAAAACAUUUCAGCUUUUUUGUCACAAUGGAAUAUAGGAUGUUAU